GAAUUAGUCCUUACUUCUGUUUGUUAUUUUGCUCUCUAUCGAGCAAUAGCUUAGUUGUGCUCUGUUGAAAUAUACAUCUUCUUUAAAAAAAACCCCAGGAUUUUAUAAUAUAUUUCAGUUAUCAUCGACAUAAGUUACCCUCUCUAAUUCGCAUGAAAAAACCGGUAAUGACGUCAAUGGUGUAGUAACCUAAGCUGUUCGGAGACUUUCGCUAUGGAUAGGUAAACGGGGAAAAAGGAAAGAAUUUUGUAGAUCACUUAGCUGUUAAUUGUUUAAUUUUCCUAUCUGGAUUUAAAUGUGACAAUUUUUAAUUUCACAUCGCCGAGGAAACUCUUAAUUAAUCAUGAGUUUUGAAAUUCCUACCGGUUUAACAGACCUUCUGCAGGAUUUUACGGUCGCAGUGCUAAAAGAACGACCAAGUGAUUUAAACCAAUUUGCAGCAGAUUACUUUGUGAAACUUAAUGAAAAUAAAAACAAUGACACUUCAGUCAAAAAUGUUCGAACAGGAGGCGUGCGAUUUGCAGCUAGCCCCCCUCCAGAGGAACCCAUGCAGACUGAUAGCGACGAUGAAGAACCAGAACCCCCACCUAACUUGAAUGCUCGAGGCACAAGGCGAGGCUCAGUAUUUGCCGCCCCAUAUAACCCAGAAAGUGAUGACGAGUAUGAAAAGAUUGUCCACCCUAAGUCAGAUGAACAGAGACAGAGAUUGGCUGAGGCAGUCAAGCAUAUCCUUCUCUUCCGGUCACUGGAACCGGAGCAGAUGGGGGAAGUUUUGGAUGCCAUGUUCGAGAAAAAGGUUGUGGAGGGGGACCAUGUUAUAGACCAGGGAGCCGAUGGGGAUAACUUCUACGUGAUAGAGAGUGGUUAUUUUGAUAUCAUUGUGAAUGGCAACACAGUAGGAAAGUACGAGAAUAAGGGGAGCUUUGGGGAGCUAGCUCUUAUGUAUAACCAGCCAAGGGCAGCAACUAUUGUGGCCACAUCUACUGGCUCUCUUUGGGCUAUGGACAGAGAGACCUUUAGAAGAAUCGUCCUAAAGAACGCCUACAACAAGAGAAAGAUGUAUGAGAACUUAAUAGACAAUGUUCCUAUGUUGAAAACUCUAGACCUGUAUGAAAGAAUGAAUGUGGCUGAUGCCCUGGUCACUAGAUCCUUUGAAGAUGGAGACGUGAUCAUCAAACAGGGGGAUGAGGCAGACUGUAUGUACUUCAUUGAGGAUGGAGAGGUGCGGGUGACCGUCAAGAACCAGGAGGAGUUUGAUGAAGGGAAAGACCCAGAGAGCAAAGAAGUUGAAGUUAAGAGAUACACAAAGGGAGGUUACUUUGGAGAGCUUGCCCUCGUUACUCAUAAACCCAGAGCUGCCACCGCAUACUCUGUUGGGAAAACAAAGUGUGCUGUACUUGAUGUGCAGGCAUUUGAGCGGUUACUGGGUCCAUGUAUGGAUAUAAUGAAGAGAAACAUAGACGAAUAUGAAGAGCAGCUUAUUCAGGUAUUUGGUGACAAGGCCAGCAUUUCAGAUCUCCGUUGAGUGUGCACCUACAUCAUUACAGACCAUUCACUGACCGUAGUAGCCCAGUUUUGACCUUUUCUCCCCCUCACCCCCUUUUGUAAGACGACAUUAACUGUGUGGUCCAGUAACUCUCACCCCACGAGAUUUCUACGAUAGUUCUUGUUUGUACUCAUUACUAUCAGCAAGAUUUUUAAAAAUCCGACCUCUUAGUGUUUGCUACUGCAAGUAGACUUGAAUUUUUUCCUUCUUUUAUUUUGUAUCUGUGUGUAUCUGUCAGAGUGACUACUAUUUAUUCCAAACUUAUAGUUAUUUACUUACGUGUACCUCAAAAUCUGUGUACCAUGUUCUAGUCAUCAAAGUGUUUGUUUCUAUCAGGGAAAUCUAUAUUAUUCAGAAAUUUUUUAGCAGAAUAAAAUUGGAAAGAAAAAUGAAUCCCGAUUUACGGGAUUGCUAAGAUAUUAGUUUCUGGGUAGUGUGAUUAGAGUACACCUGAUAUUUUGUGCACCACGUGAUGGGCUACUCGCGUUGUCAUGGCCACAACUGUAUAAACUCAUUUGUUCAUGUUAGUUUAGCUGCCAUUACCUAUGGAUUAUAAGUUAUCAAUUUCUUAUAUUAUAAGUUUUUUUUCUUGUUCAUGACUGUAUCUGUGUACAUGUUCUUGCAUAUAUGUGAAAUACUGUUACGUAAGGGUAUUUUCCAGUUUCAGAGUACUUUGAUUUUGAAUUUUUAUUUUGUAAUUGGUAAAAGAGCUUAAUAUAUUUGUCAAUAUUUGGUCUGAUAUGGUUGUAUAUUUUUGAAGUCUGUUUGUGACUUAUACUGUGGGAUCAUUAAAAUUUGUGGAGGCCAAUAUUUGUGGAUUGCUUAAAUUUCACAGGUUCAUGGGGAUGUAAUUUCGUGUAUUCUCUUAUACCUACAAAAGGAAAUAUGACUAUAUAACCCAAAUACAAUAAUUUGUGAAGGAUGUCAAUUUGUGGAUGAGAGGUAUCAAUGAAUUCCACAAAAACUGAGCCACCACAAAAUGUAAUGAUUACACAGUGCCUUUUGUGGUCUCAAAUCUUUGUUGAUGUCUGCAUUUAGCAAAUAUGCUAGCUUAUUUAUCCAAAGUUGAGUUUUUCUUCACUUUCUCAUCUCAAAUAAAUGAAGAAGUUACACCAAAAAAGCUGAUUCUGGAUAUUUUUCCCCUCAAAUCAUGAAAGUUUAGUAGAUAGAUAUUUAUAUUUUUAAUUUGAAAGAGAACUUGUGAAUGAAAACAACUUCCAUUUUUAUAAUGCCAAACUACUUCAGGUUUUAAAAACACCAUUGAGAGACAUAAAGAUAAAUUUAUUUACCUGUAUAUCUAUACAUAAGAAAAGAGAACUUAUCUUGCCAAAGGUGAAUACUCAGCCUACAGUACAGUUAUGAGAGUGGUGCUUUAAACUCUAAGGAGCACUGGUAUACUCCAGCAGUGACCGUCGCUUCCUCACCGGCAAUAUUGACAGUUAUAGUCACAGCUUUACAUUUGGGUUUUUGGAAAACCUGAUAGUCUCAAGAUGAAAAUAAUCACCCAAAGUUAUUCCCCUUGAACAAAUACCAUCAGUAGAUUUUUACUUUUGUUGUUAGUAUUAUUAUGAUUUUUUUUGUUAUUAUUAUUUGCCAGAGAUGACAAGUGCUUCAAGCAUAACACCGAAUAAUGUCUGAUAGCAGGACUUAACUAGUGCGUUUUUUGUACAUGUAGUAUCUAUUAAUUGAAGAAAAAAAAUUUGUUACAAGAAUAUAAUGACCUACUAUUCAGUCAAUGUUCAAGCAUUUAUAGUCCUUGCCUAUUUUUUUUACGUUCACACCCCAAUAAAACAAAUUUAUUUAAAACUGCACAAUAAUUGCCAAUUGAAAGUAUAUAUUUAACUCUCUCACAGCGUAGUUUAUUUUUUACAUCUUAUGUAGAGUUCCUGGUAAUGAUGUAUUGCCUUGGUCAUUUAUUUCUGUAUACAUGUAAGGCUUACGAUUUUGUCUAUACUAUAUAUAUAUACGUGUAUGAUUUUAAUUUAAAUUGAUAUUUCAGAAAUGGCGGAUAUUUUCUGGUUAAAAGUCAAAUCUUGUUACCAAUUUUUCUUUUCUUGUUUGUGUUUCAAAUAUAUUGGAUUGACUUGUUUUAAAGUUUAUAAAUAAAUCCUAUCCGUCAAUGUUCUUCUAUUAUAAUAGUGUAUGUUAACUCAAUCCUCAGUUUUCAACAUUGUGCAACUGCUGAAAUAAAGAAAACAGUGUGAACAUGUUA